AUGGACAGGUCGCUGGCGACCUUAUUGCGGUCACUGCAAGCCUCGGACUAUCCAGAUGAUUCGCUAAGACUGCUACCAACCGCGACGAACCUCCUCUCCAGGUUAUCGAACUCCCUCAAUGUCACCCUGUUGACUUCCCAUCUGAUGUCGCAUGAUCUGCUCUACCCACAACCGAUCGAACUUUCACGCUGUCGCCAGAUCUUUUCCGUCUUCUACACCGCAGUUCUCCGAUUGAUCGAAGACAAACAAAACCCUGCUCGCGAACAUUUGCGGAGUCAUUUAUCUGUCGGAGAAUGGGUCAAAGCAGUCGUACAUGGAGCUGACGACAAGUCACCACGCUGGAGACAUACACUGUUGAUCGGUGGGCUUCUGCUUGCGUUCCAGUCUCGGAACUUUGAAGAGCUGCGGCCGGAUCUGCGCAACAAACUUGAGGCAGCAUUGGUGACGGCGUCCAAUCUCGCAUUACUACAGAAAGAUUCAGAACCGAAUUGCGAGCUGGCGGUCAUCUUUGUUCUAAACCACAGCUUCCCAAUUCUAUCACAUUACCACCGUGCGCAGGUGCGUUAUGAUCUGCUGCUACCGGUCCUGGUCGACGCGACCUUCUUCUCUAGGGAAGGUCUCGAGCAAGCGUACUGGAUUGGAGCCGUUGACAAUGACACUCGACAGUCUUCGGGACAGAGGUUCAACUGGCCGGUGAAUUCGACCUCAUUUAGAAAAGUCACCGAGAUCAAAUCCAGAAGCCUCAUCUCAGCGCUUGGGUCAUUGUCGCGUCUGACAGCUUGUUGCAUCGACAACGUGCAAGAUCCAAUGUUGAUUGUCUACAGUACGAAUAAAAUCGCAGAAUUCGCAAGGAACCUCGCAACGUCAUGGAGACAGAACAAAUUAUCCGAGGCCGAUCCUAGGGAAGAAGCUGAGUAUCUGGACCAGGAGACGACAAGCAAAACAUUUCCUGUCCUUCUUCAACUGCUGCGAGAUACAAUGUUCGCUACUGUCAUAAUCCUUCGGUCUGUUCUAGGGAGGGUCCUCUGUGACCCUAACCUGGCCUCUGACACCACUGCUCCAGGAGUGGCCAUGCAAACCUUACACAUUUUACGCGACACCUAUUUCAUAUCACAUCGAUUUGGACUCAUAUCCUCCUCCCAGUACACAUUUGUCAACUUUACAUCUAUUGACAUCCUAAGUCGAUACCAGGCUCAGUCAGAAAAUUUCUUGGAGACAAUCCGCCCGGUCGAAUUAGGACGAAUACCUCUUCAUCCUCUUGACCGUCUGUACGAUUUGUUUUUCCUGAACACCGCCGAACAUUUCACCCUGAUAGCGUCACCACGAUUGAGUCAAGAACUAUUAUUUAAUGCUGCUGCACCAUAUGUCGACCCUCGAGGCGAUCCAAGGUUGGGUGAGAUCUUCGAAGCGGCACACAGUGUCAUGCUGGCCAUUGUAGCUGCACCACAAAAUGCCGAAGUGGCAGCCAACAACAUGCCUUUCUACGUCGAGACACUGCUUCAGAGCUUCCCAAGGCCAUUGACAGCUCGGCAAUUUAGGUUCGCGGUUAAGUCGAUUGUACGACUUGCAGCUCCGCCGUCAAAAAUUGCGGUGUCUAUGCCGCUGAUGCAGGCUGUUAUUCUUGAUCUGCUCAGGGAACGCAUGGAGCACGCUUCGGAAGAUCUGCUACCACAUAACCCAGGUGUUUCCACCGAGGGCGACCAACCUUUGUCAGAAAAGGCUGUUCUGUUGCUUUCCGUCAUCGACUGUUUGAGUUCGCUCCCUAUUCCAUUGUUGGAAGAAUGGCUUCCUUUGGCUGCUGAUCUCUUGCACACAAUGAGGAAUUCAUCACAAAAGCAACAAUGCCAACAACGGCUAUGGGAGACUCUUAGUGAUGAUGAAAUGGAUGUUGACCGAGCUGCAAGUUGUGUUGCUUGGUGGACAUCCCGAGGUGGCCGUGAGCACGUCAAGUUUGGAGAACAGCCAGAAGAGCAAGACUACAUGAUGAGUGGUGCAUUGCAGUUUGACAAUAAGCUAUAA